AGUCGGUCCCGAGGCCGCUCGGCUUUCUAAACAACAAAACAAACAGAAACGGAUUUCAAUCCAUCUCUCGCCAUCUUCAUCUUCAUCUUCUCAGCCAAGACAAGGAGAAUAUUUCACCUACUGCCAAAGAGCUAUAGAGACGGGAAUCUGUAUCCAUAACACCCGCAGGUUUGAUCCGGAAUCGGAUUUCUGGCGGACUGAGGGAGAAGUUUGAUUCGAGCUCGAAGAACACGACCCGGCAUUGUAUGGCGCUGUUUCGGAAGCUGUUCUACAGGAAGCCGCCCGAUGGACUCCUCGAGAUCUGCGAAAGGGUUUACGUGUUUGAUUGCUGUUUCACUACUGAUGUUUGGGAGGAAGAAAAUUACAGACCGUAUGUGCGAAACAUAAUUGCUCAGCUUCGGGAUAAUAACCCAGAUGUGUCCAUGUUGAUUUUCAAUUUCCGCCAAGGGGAGGCACGGAGCCCCAUUGCAAGUAUUUUGUCUGAAUAUGACAUAACCAUAAUGGACUACCCUCGACACUAUGAUAGUUGCCCGGUGCUCUCAAUGGAGGUGAUCCACCAUUUCCUAAGAUCCAGUGAAAGCUGGCUCUCUCUUGGCAUGCAAAAUGUGCUUCUUGUGCACUGUGAACGGGGCGGUUGGCCAGUUUUGACAUUUAUGUUGGCUGCACUAUUGUUAUAUAGAAGACAUUACACUGGUGAACAGAAGACUUUAGACAUGAUAUAUAAACAAGCUCCACGCGAGCUUUUGCACUUGUUGACUCCUCUUAAUCCUAUUCCUUCUCAGCUGAGAUACUUGCAGUAUGUAUCGAGGAGGAAUGUGGCCACAGCAUGGCCUCCUCUUGAUAGAGCUGUCACCUUGGACUGUGUCAUUCUUCGGAUGAUACCUAAUUUUGAUGGAGAUGGAGGAUGCCGACCAGUAUUUCGCAUUUAUGGCCAAGAUCCAUUGCUUAUUGGGGACCGAAGUCCAAAACUGCUAUUUUCUACAAAGAAGGGUAAACCCGUUCGCCAUUACAAGCAGGCAGAAAGUGAAUUGCUGAAGAUUGAUAUAAACUGUAAUGUCCAAGGUGAUGUUGUCUUGGACUGCAUUAGUUUGUAUGAUGACAUGGAAAGGGAGCAAAUGAUGUUUCGGGUUAUGUUCAAUACAUCUUUUAUUAGGUCUAAUAUUGUGAUUCUUAACCGUGAUGAAAUCGAUACUCCUUGGGAUGCAAAGGAUCAAUUUCCAAAGGAUUUCAGGGCAGAGAUUCUUUUCUCGGAGAUGGAUGCUGCUGCUUCAGUAAUCCCAGUGGAUUUGUCAUGUUUUGAAGAGAAGGAUGGUCUCCCAGUGGAGGCAUUUGCUAAAGUUCAGGAAAUCUUCAACAGCGUUGAUUGGCUGAGUCCUAAGGGUGAUGCUGCUCUCAAUGUGCUCCAACAAAUAACUGCAGCAAAUAUCAUUCUAGAAAAGUUGGAAUCAAGUUCACCCCUGAGUACAGAACGAAGUUCUGCCUCGCAGCCAUCAACUCCUGUUAAAGCUCAAGACUUUAAGGGGCCCGUGACAUUAGUUGAUGAGCCCAAGUCUGGUAUUUCUCCAGACAAGCAAUCUCAAUAUAUUCCCUUAGCAUCCCCCAGACAUGAUGCUAGUGAACAGAAGGCCGAACAAUUUCUGAAGUUACCAGAUGGGAAGGAGGUGUCUUCUCAACCUGAAACAGAGACACUGUCACUCAAUACAAUUCCUCCUAUACCUCCUCCUUUGCCUACUAAGGGUCAAGUUGUUGGUAUUUUGAAACCUCCUUCUCCUCCUGCAGUGCCACAUGAGCCUCUUACUCCUCCAUUGGCAGAGAAAGCACACACCAAAACUAUACCUUCUCCACCUCCCGCUCCCAGCCAAGCUUCUAGUCCCCCAGUUACAUUGUCAAAGGAUGACAAAAGUCAGGCAACAUCUACUACUACUGAUCCUCCCAUACUUUGUCAUAAAGUGCAGGAGAUACAUCCAAUGGCUUUGGAAGGGGAUGAAGAUGCCAAAAUGGGCUCUUCUUCUACCUCAGCUGUUUCCCCUUGCACUCCUUCACCGCCAACUUCACUAGGUUCCUUUUCCCCACCAACUCCAAUUCAUUUUGAAGACAGACAAUCCCUGGGAAAUGUACAUAGGGUGCCACCGCCACUGCCGCUGCCACCGCUGGAACCACUUCUAAAAACCUUUUCAAAAGACAGUUCGGCUUCUAUAAGUGCCCAAUGUCAGCCACCAUCACCACCACACCUGCCUUUGAAGGAAGGUUCUGUUUCCACUAGUAUACCACCACCACCUCCUCCUCCUCCUGCCCCAUUAGUGAAAGAGAGUACUACACCUGCACGUAGAAAACUUGAACCUCCACCUCCUCCGCCCCCACCACUCAAUGGAAGUUUGUCGUCUUUUUGUGGAUCACCAGUUCCAGCUCCACCACCCCCAUUUCCAUUCGCAGAGACUGCAAGCUCUAAAAAUUUAGCAGUAGUGCCAUCACCGCCUCCUCCUCCACCUCCUGCACUGAGUUCCUCAAUGAAGCAUCAUGUUUCUCUUCCACAGAAUGUUCAUUCUGUUCCCCCUCCUCCAAUCCCAUUUAGUAAGGGGGGGAUAAAAGCAGGACCCAGUGUAUCCCAUUCAGAAACAACAGGUGGUGACAUAAAUUAUUCCACAAGUUCUCCAUUGCCACCAGGACCACCACCACCUUCCGUUCCUCCACUUGGUAUUAAAGGGAAAGCUCUUUUUUCCCGUGCCAUGAAUUCUAUAAAUAAUCAGACAAAGAAACUGAAACCAUUGCACUGGUUGAAGCUAACAAGAGCAGUCCAGGGUAGCUUGUGGGCUGAAGCACAAAAAUCUGGUGAAGCAGCAAAGGCUCCAGAAAUUGAUAUAUCAGAACUGGAAUCACUCUUCUCAGCUGCAACUCCAAAUUUAGACAAAGCUGGCUCGGGAAGGAAAGGGAAUUCAAAGACUUCAUUGGGGGCAAAGUCUGAGAAAGUGCAACUGAUCGAACAUAGGAGGGCAUACAACUGUGAAAUCAUGCUUUCUAAGGUGAAGGUGCCAUUGCAUGAUUUACUGAGUUCUGUCCUUGCCUUGGAAGAUUCAGCAAUAGACGCUGAUCAAGUUGAGAACAUCAUUAAAUAUUGCCCAACAAAGGAGGAGAUGGAAAUGCUUAAGGGUUAUAAAGGAGAAAAGGAUAAGCUGGGAAGAUGUGAACAGUUUUUCUUGGAACUAAUGCAAGUACCACGGAUUCAGUCUAAGCUUAGAGUUUUUUCAUUUAAGCUUCAAUUUCACUCUCAGGUUUCCGAUGUUAGGCGAAGUCUAAACAUUGUGAAUUCAGCAGCAGAUCAGAUUAGGGGGUCAGCCAAGUUGAAAAGAAUUAUGCAGACAAUUUUGUCUCUAGGAAAUGCUUUGAACCAGGGUACUGCACGGGGAUCUGCUGUUGGAUUUAGGUUGGAUAGCCUACUCAAACUUACUGAGACCCGUGCACGAAACAACAAGAUGACUCUCAUGCAUUACCUUUGUAAGGUGCUGGCCGAUAAGUUGCCAGAAGUUCUUGACUUUUCAAAAGAUCUUUCUAGCUUGGAACCUGCUUCAAAGAUACAAUUAAAGUUCCUAGCAGAGGAAAUGCAAGCUAUCAGCAAAGGACUUGAGAAAGUAAUACAAGAACUGUCCAUGUCAGAAAGUGAUGGACAGGUUUCUGAAAAUUUUUGUCAGGCUUUAAAGGAAUUCCUUUGCUAUGCAGAAGGUGAAGUAAGGUCCUUGGCAUUGCUUUAUUCUGGCGUGGGAAGGAAUGUGGAUGCAUUAAUUCUUUACUUUGGAGAAGAUCCUGCGCGUUGCACAUUCGAGCAAGUAAUCAUGACUCUGCUCAACUUUGUAAAAAUGUUCAAUCAAUCGAAUGAUGAAAAUUGCAAGCAGCUGGAAUUUGAGAGGAAGAAAGCAGAGAAGGAAGAAGCAGCAGAGAAACUGAAGAUGAGUGGCCCAGACAAAGAGACUCCAAAUAUGAUUCAAUUCACCAGGAAGAGCUUCAAAGAAUCAAAAUCACCAUAGACACUGUACUCUGAUAAACCUUCCUAAAAAGUGGAAUAAUAAUAACAAUUAUAUACAUGUCCCAAAACGAGUCGUGCCAUUAAAAAUCCAAAAUGAUUCUUGAUAAAGUGAGCCAUGGCUGAAAGCUGAAGAGAACAGGGAGCUGUUUGGCAGAUCUUUAGGGAGUUGCAGUUUAAGGUUACAGGAAGCUGGAGGAGUGGAUAUGUGAAGUAGGGUAAGUGUACAUAGACAUGCUCACUUCGUCCCAUAGUGUUCUUCUCUCACUUUACUUUUUAUUUCCUACUUUACCACUUAAACGGAAAUGAGAGAAUUUUUUUAACUAUCCGAAGAGGAAAAGAAAAGCAAAGUGGAAGAACAUUUUGGUACAGAGGAAGUACAUUGCUGAAUGGCUAAUUUGCUAGAACUUUAGAUUAAAUACAUCACGAUAUAUGCUUGAGAAAAAUAAAUGUAACACACAUUCAUUACCUCAUGUUAUGUAUUCCGUUCGUUCCAAUUUAAGUUGUCUAUUUACUAUUCAUGCGAUCAAAUUCAACCACUUUCUUUAUUAAUUUUCAUCACUCAUUUGAUAAAAUAAUAUAGUUAUGUCACU